AUGUCGCAGCUCAUCGAUUCACUUAUGGAAAAUUAUUACAUCCCACCAAUUAUCUUCAACAGACAAACAGACAACGAGACAGGAGAGACAACUCUUGUCUGUGUCGAUGGAAAGCAGAGGCUAUCAUCAGUCCAAGCUUUCGUGCGGGGAAUUAUUCCCUGUACAGACCAUCAAGGGGAGAAGUGGUGGUUCGAAAAUGCACAAGUGCAGGGCAAGAACAAGAAUCUUUUCUCAGAGACUGAGCGAGGGGAUUUUCUAAACAAAGAUUUCGUCACAUUUGAGUAUGUGAACCUCGAACCACAACAGGAAGAGGACCUGUUCGCUCGCGUACAGAUGGGCAUGCCCUUAUCGGUAGCAGAGAAAAUGCGCGCUACAUCAGGAUCUUGGCAAGACUUAGCACGCCACUUUAUUAGCGACUUCCCAGUCAUAUACUCGCUUCAGAAGGACCGGAUGCGAGCGAAAGACUUCCAGCUGACACUCUCAUGCUUCAGCCAGAUACUGGAAGUUCAACACCCAACACCAUCGGACGGACUACCGAUGCACAAAUCGGGUCACACCCAUUUAGCUAAAUUAGUAGGGAGGGAUAGCUUCUUAGACGAUGAUCUCAAGUCACAUCUGGCAUGCGUUUGGAAAACAUUCAAGGACCUCAUUGAGCUGGAACCCAAUGUUUUCACAAACGCAGAUAAGAGGCUCAAGGGCGUACAGACCUUUGCACCUGUUGAGAUGAUAGCGGUCACAGUGCUUAUCUCAGUCCACAUCGACACAAGUCACAACAGACUCCUUGAAGUUAUCCGCUCUCUGCGGGAGAAUCUGCGUGAGAACUUUAGUGACUUGAGGGUCAACGGCUACAUGUGGAAGGCCGUCUGGUCAUUCAUCGACAACUUGAACAAGAAUCGA